AUGGAUGAAACCUCGUAUCAGACCACAAUGGGAGAUGGAUGUGCGGACAAGAAGAAUCUCAAUCUUGUCGUUCACAGAAAGAGCGUGAAUGAAGAAGCCUUUUCUGUGGCUACGUCGAGCGAAUCAUUCGAUACUACGGUGCUGGCGUCAAAUGCUCGACAUCUUCCGAUUGAACUGCACCGCCUUAUUUUGCAUUAUGUUGAUAGCGAUACGGUGAAGCAAUACCGAAUGGCAAGCAAAUAUCUGCACGCGAUAGGGACUGAGGAGUUGUUCUCUACAGUCACGUUUCAUUACAGCACCUGGAGCGUUGAACGCCUCAUUGAGAUGAGCAAGUCACCCGAUAUUCGUCGACACGUCAAAACCAUCAUAUGGGACACCAAUCAUUGGAUUAUUCCCCACGUUCACACCUUCCACGAGUGGGAAUUAUAUCUCACUGAGAAGGGAGUCGAUAUGCGUCGAUGGAACUCUGCUUUGUAUACGUAUGGAGGCAUACUCAUUGACCUGGCACAAAGCCAGCAUGAUUUUGAAGCCUAUCUGGAUAAUGUGAGGGAUGAGAAGGCGGCAGAAGAAAUGUUCUUCAAGUCGGAUGUAUUGCGAAGGUUUCAGAACCUGCAAACUAUCCACAUUUCCGAUGGCGAGGACUGGUACUUGGACUUGGAUGCUGUCAGCCUGCGGAGAGGUGAAGGCCGCAAUGGCUGGAACAAUCGCUGUGGGAUGAUGGCAUUCAAAUUUCUUCAAAAGACAUCUCCACUGCCGAUCAAAACUUUGCGGCUGAACAGGCUGAGCCACUUCGCCCUGCAGCACGUUUCCGGGGACUUUAGCAGCCUGACUAGUCUGGAUCUCAACAUCACUGCGCGGGCGGACCGCAGAUUUCGCCACUAUUGGGAUGCAACAGAUUGGUGGAGCGCAGCUUAUAUCGUGCCCAACGGAAACUUGACAAAGUUUAUCAUGGGCAUGCCUCAUCUCCACAGUCUUCGCAUCAGUCUCCAAGACACCGGUCGAUCCGACUGUUGGCGCGACAGGAUGCCCCUUUCGUCGAUUGAUGCAACCUUUGAUUCGGAGGCUACGUUGACAGAAGUCAGUCUUCGCAAUAUUUCCUUUGACGAUGACUGCACACAAAGUGCAGCAAACCCCCAUUGGGCCUUUGAUCACCCUUCGUCUCCAUCCGAAUACCAAACUAUGAUAGAACAACGUCUUCAGCUCAAUGAGUGGCCAACCUUUCUAGAAAAGGUAUCCGAGGUGCUCCAUCUUGAGCGUGCAACGAUUUCGGGUAUACUGGGCACGCAUAGGUUCGGGUACGGGUGGUACCUGAACGACCGAGACCUCGGUCCUGCUGUUUCAGAAUACGUCAUUUCAGGAAGUGGUCUCUGUCCGCUAAACACUGAUAAUGUUAGACUCCUGCAUCCUUGGGACGAGUUUCGACGUUGA